AUGUUUGAGUCCGUUCAAAGUUGCGAUGGUGGCCGACAUGGAAUGUGGGAGCUGAAGUCAUGGCUACACUUUGAACUUGACGAGCUAACUAUGGAGGGCAUACACGUUGCCGAGCGACCUCUCUUAUCUGAGGAGCGCCAUGUAUGCUGGCGCUUUUGGAUUAAUCGCUCAAAUGAGGUCACACUUGUCAGUAUUCACUCACUCUCUCUCUCUCUCUCACACACACACACACACAAAGAGAAACACACAAGUUGA